AUGGCCCCUCUAAACACAAACCUCCAAGCCUUCAAUCUAACCGUCUCAACCCUCCUCAAACAACCAUCCCAUUUCCUCCCCAAUUUAACCAUACCAACCUUCCUCGACCUGCCCGAACAAAUCGGCCACCAACUGGCCUCGUCUUCUUCAGCGACAAUAACCGGUCAGCAGCCAAAAAGAAUACCAAAAAUAAAAGCCCUGAUCCUCGACAAAGACAACACCCUCUGCCCACCCCACACAACAACUAUACCCAAACCAUACCUCGACAAACUCGAGCAACUCCGUACGUCGCCUACGUCGCCUUUCAAUCUGAAUACGAACCCGGAUGGAGUGCUGAUUGUGUCAAAUACGGCGGGAAGUCGGCCUGAUGUGGAGAAGUAUGUGGAUGAGGCGAGGACAUUGGAAGACAAGUUGGCGCAUUUGAGGAUUUCGGUUUUUCGUGUUCAAAAGCCUUCUACUACUACCAGCAAGAUAGAUGGUGCCGCAGGGCCAGGCGGAAGGAGGAAGCCGUUCUGCGGGCCCGAUGUGCUUGCGUGGUUUCGGGAGCGAGGGGUGAUCGAUCGACCGGAUGAGGUUGUUGUGGUUGGUGAUCGGUUGGGGACUGAUACUCUCAUGGCAGCACAGAUGGGGUCUUGGAGUGUAUGGUGUAAAGAUGGGGUGACGCAUUCGGUUACAGACCAGCCGAAAAUGGAUUAUAGAGGGUUUUUGGCCAAAGUGGAGAUUGUCUUGGAAAGAUACCUUAGAGAAAGCGGAGGCCUGAAGGCUAGAGUGCCCGAAGGGUGGGAGAGAGCUACAAUCUAG